AUGGAUAUAAAAGAGACUAACUUUUUGGAUAUGUUAUCUACCGAUAUGAAUUUCGAACAAGCUUAUAAUAAGUAUUCAACCCUACAACAGAAACAGGCUACUAAUGCUAUUGAGCAUUUACAAUCGAUGCAGGCGUUGAAUCAACAGUAUAUGAAUGAGUUCAGUCAGCAACCCCAUCAAUUUGAUUUCCAUCGCCAGGCGAUUAUCGAUGGGAACUACUCUUCGUCGGAUGAAUCAGAGGAGGAACAGAAACCAGAAGAGAUUGAUGAAUUUUUCAGUAAUAGUGAAUCGAAUGCAUUAGAGAAAUUUUUAGAUAAUUUGGCCACUAAUAAUAGUAAUCCAUUUGAAUUUUAUAACCAAAGUUAUCAACAUGGGAAUUUGAGUGAAUUUAAUAAUGAAUUAUUUGAUUUACAUACCAUGAAGCCAAGUAUUGAAGAAGAUAAAAAGGAAAAUUCAAUACAUGACUUAUUGAAGAAGGAGAUUACUGAAGCAUUUUCUCAUCCUCAAUUAAAAUCAUUAUCUAAAUUUGAAGAACAAAGACAGCUUCCAACGCCCUUGGAUUCAAGACAAUCGCUGGCGGUUGGAUUUAAACCUCCACAAUUAUCAAUAAUAUCUCCACCUAAUUCUUCGGAUAAUGAAGAACAACAACAACAACCAACUAAAAAGAGAAGAAGAUCAUCAACAAAACCGUUACUUACAUUGGAACAAAAACGAUUGAAUCAUUCUAAUUCUGAACAAAAAAGAAGACAAUUAUGUAAAUUGGCUUAUGAUCGUUGUUUGCGUUUAAUCACCAAUGUUGAAGAUUAUAAAAAUCAUAAAGUUAGUGCUUGUCCAAUAUCAAAAUCAAAGAAGAAACUGAAGAGAAGACAACUUAAUAAAGAUGGUUUACCUAAUUUAUCAAAACACACUGCUUUGGUUAAAAUUAGCGAAGAGAUACUUAAAAUUAAAUCAAAAAAUGAUGGUUUAAAAAAAUUAUUAAAUUAA